GUCAUUCGAUCUACAAUCUCACUGCCGCUCAUCUCUCACCCAGACGGUCGAGAUGGCUGAAGCGCAAAGUGCAGUAUGCGUCCCUGAGUCAGUAUUGAAGAAGCAGAAAAGGGAAGAGGAGUGGGCGCUCAUCAAGAAGGAAGAAAUUCAAGCUACCCGGAAGAAGAAUGCUGCAAACAGGAAGGAAAUCUUCAAAAGGGCCAAACUGUAUGCUGAGGAAUACGAGAAGCAGCAAAAGGAGCUGGUUCAGAUGAAGCGCGAGGCUAGGCUGAAAGGAGGUUUCUACGUGAACCCUGAAGCUAAACUGCUAUUCAUCAUUCGUAUCCGUGGUAUUAAUGCCAUGCACCCCAACACCAAAAAGAUCCUGCAGCUUCUCCGUUUGAGACAGAUAUUCAACGGUGUGUUUUUAAAGGUUAACAAAGCUACAACCAACAUGUUGCACAAGGUCGAGCCAUACGUCGCUUUUGGGUACCCCAACUUGAAGAGCGUCAGGGAGUUGAUUUACAAGAGAGGAUUCGGAAAGGUUAACAAACAAAGAAUUCCCUUCACGGACAACUCCGUAAUUGAACAGGCUCUUGGCAAGUACAACAUAAUCUGCAUUGAAGAUUUGGUUCAUGAGAUCAUCACAGUGGGACCACAUUUCAGGGAGGCCAACAAUUUCUUGUGGCCAUUCCAACUCAAGGCUCCAUUGGGUGGUCUCAAGAAGAAGAGAAACCAUUAUGUUGAAGGAGGAGAUGCUGGCAACAGGGAAGAUUAUAUCAAUGAAUUGAUCCGAAGGAUGAACUAAGGCAUCAUUUUGGCUUUUGGGGAUUGUAUCAGGAUCCUCUUGCUCCUUAGUGUUUUGAACUUAUGUUUUUAUUAUUUAUUUUGUUAAACUUAAUGUUUCGUCGAACUGCUGAGAGUUUCUUUGUUAUUUCUUGGAAACAAGUUGUUAGCAUGUUAUUGACAUUGCCCUUUACAUCUUUUUGCUAUACUUAUAGCCGUACUCGAGUUUUGAUAUCAUGUUCGCUAUUGCAGUUUUCGUUGGGGUAAGUUGACUAUUUACAAAGUGUUUUUAUAAUGAUAAUUUGUCAACACUAAAGUCAAGAU